UAGCGCAUCCCGGCGAGAGAUGGCAUCAGUCGCUCACUAGCUCUCAAGCCGGGACCACCAAAAAACUCGCCAAAAUGAAAUCGUUCGUCGUAUUCGCCCUGAUCGUCGCGGCCGUCGCCGCCGCCCCACAGCGCAGCCCGGACGCUGAUGCGCAGGUCCUCAAAUACGACGCUGAGAACAUCGGCGUUGAUGGCUACCGAUAUGCUUACGAGACCUCCAACGGCAUCAAGUCAGAGGAGCAAGGGCAGCUUACAAACCCCGGCGCCGAGAACGAGGCCAUCGUAGUCCGCGGCUCCUACGCCUACACCGGCCCCGAUGGCGUCGUCUAUACCGUCACCUACGUCGCUGACGAGAACGGCUUCCAGCCUCAGGGCUCCCAUCUUCCAGUAGCCCCUUGAAUUACCCAAUGACCUGCUCAAUCUAGUCCUGUUUUAAAUAAAGUUUUAGUUCGUUU